ACUCUCCACAUAUACAAUCUGAAAUGAUGAUUUAAUUUUAAUCAUAAAAAAUUUAAUUUUUUUUCUGUUAAUUUUGGCUUUAAUUUUUAAUUCUAUCUAUAUGGGUGGUUAUUACUGCGAUGUUAACAUUUUUAUCAAUAUCAUUGUAAUGCCAUUUAGGUUGUUAGCUGAAAAAAUUUUACUUCGACUAUUCUAUGGUCCAAGAAAUCGUUAUCAACCAUUAUUAUCGUCAACAGGCGUUGUUUCGAAACAACAACAACAACAACAACAACAAUUCCAGGAUGAAUUGGGAAUAGUUUCGUUACAACGAUUAUCGUUGAUAACAUCAGCCCUACCAAUGUUUGGCUUUAUAUUUUGUAUUUUCUGGUCAUUAAUGUUCAAUUUUGUUGAUUCAACCUCUACACAUUGUGGUGUUGCCGAAUAUUUACCUUCAGUCAGUGCAUCAAUUGGCUCAUUUUCGCCACAAAAAUAUUUAUGGCGUACAACAAUAGCAUUGCAUUCAUCACCACGUUAUAUUGUAUCAUAUAUCUAUUACAGAGCAUUUCAUGAUUCAAAAACAUUAUUGAUGAUCAAUUGGAUUGAAAUCAGUGCAUUACUUGGAUUAAGUGUUGUUUCAUCGACUGAAUUAUUUCUAUUUCAUGCAAAUUGUUUUUUACUAUUCAUAUCGACAUCAUUUUUGGGAAUGUUAAUCCAUUUAUUACAAGAUAAAUUGUGGUCAAAAUUUAAAAUGAAAAUCUUCUUCACCAAUACAUUUGCAUGGAUUUUUGCUCUAUUUUUCUAUGUACGACAUAAUAAUUAUUGUGAAACUGGUGUAUAUUCAUUAUUUGCCGCUUCAGAAUAUGUAUUUGUAUUGACAAAUAUUUUAUUUCAUUUUCAAGCUUAUUAUGAUUUUAAUCAAACAAAAUUAUCAUUAUGUAAAAUUUAUGUCAAUUCAAAAUUUUCUGUUUGA